UCUUCAAAUAGGAUCAUGGACUUCUUGGAGGAGCCAAUCCCUGGUGUAGGGACCUAUGAUGAUUUCAACACAAUUGAUUGGGUGAGAGAGAAGUCUCGAGACCGAGAUCGGCACCGAGAGAUUACCAAUAAAAGCAAGGAGUCAACAUGGGCCUUGAUUCACAGUGUGAGCGAUGCGUUUUCUGGCUGGUUGUUGAUGCUCCUUAUUGGGCUUUUAUCAGGUUCUCUAGCAGGCCUGAUAGACAUCUCUGCUCACUGGAUGACAGACUUAAAAGAAGGGAUAUGCACAGGGGGAUUCUGGUUUAACCAUGAACACUGUUGCUGGAAUUCUGAGCAUGUCACGUUUGAAGACAGAGACAAGUGUCCAGAGUGGAAUAGCUGGUCCCAGCUUAUCAUCAAUACAGAUCAGGGAGCCUUUGCCUACAUAGUCAAUUAUUUCAUGUACGUCCUCUGGGCUCUCCUGUUUGCUUUCCUUGCCGUGUCUCUUGUCAAAGCAUUUGCACCUUAUGCCUGUGGCUCUGGAAUCCCUGAGAUAAAAACUAUCCUGAGUGGUUUCAUUAUUAGGGGUUAUUUGGGUAAGUGGACCCUGGUCAUCAAAACUAUCACUCUGGUGCUGGCAGUGUCAUCUGGCUUGAGCCUGGGCAAAGAGGGCCCUCUAGUGCACGUGGCCUGCUGCUGUGGGAACAUCCUGUGCCAUUGCUUCAACAAAUACAGGAAGAAUGAAGCCAAGCGCAGAGAGGUCUUAUCAGCUGCAGCAGCUGCUGGUGUUUCUGUAGCCUUUGGGGCACCUAUUGGUGGAGUAUUAUUCAGCCUGGAAGAGGUCAGCUACUAUUUUCCCCUGAAAACACUCUGGCGUUCAUUCUUUGCUGCCCUAGUGGCAGCUUUUACACUCCGGUCCAUCAAUCCAUUUGGAAACAGCCGCUUAGUUCUAUUUUAUGUGGAGUUUCACACCCCAUGGCAUCUUUUUGAGCUUGUGCCAUUCAUUGUGCUGGGCAUAUUCGGUGGCCUUUGGGGAGCUCUGUUUAUCCGUACAAACAUUGCCUGGUGUCGGAAGCGUAAAACCACACAAUUGGGCAAGUAUCCUGUCGUCGAGGUACUCAUUGUGACAGCCAUCACUGCCAUCUUGGCUUUCCCUAAUGAAUACACCCGGAUGAGCACAAGUGAGCUCAUUUCUGAGCUAUUCAAUGACUGUGGCCUUCUGGACUCCUCCAAGCUCUGUGAUUAUGAGAACCAUUUCAACACAAGCAAAGGCGGUGAGCUGCCCGACAGACCUGCUGGCCAAGGCGUCUACAGUGCUAUGUGGCAGCUGGCUUUGACCCUCAUACUGAAAAUAGUCAUCACUAUAUUCACCUUUGGCAUGAAGAUUCCUUCUGGUCUCUUUAUCCCCAGCAUGGCUGUCGGCGCUAUAGCAGGCCGUCUUUUAGGAGUAGGGAUGGAGCAGCUGGCUUACUACCACCAUGACUGGGGCAUCUUCAACAGCUGGUGUAGUCAGGGAGCUGAUUGCAUCACACCUGGCCUUUACGCUAUGGUUGGGGCUGCGGCCUGUUUAGGUGGGGUAACUCGGAUGACCGUUUCUCUUGUUGUCAUAAUGUUUGAACUGACUGGUGGCCUGGAAUAUAUUGUGCCUCUGAUGGCUGCAGCCAUGACAAGCAAGUGGGUGGCAGAUGCUCUUGGGCGAGAGGGCAUUUAUGAUGCCCACAUUCGUCUCAAUGGAUACCCCUUUCUUGAAGCCAAAGAAGAAUUCGCUCAUAAGACUCUGGCAAUGGAUGUGAUGAAGCCCCGGAGAAAUGACCCUUUGCUGACUGUCCUUACUCAGGACAGUAUGACUGUGGAAGAUGUAGAGACCAUAAUCAGUGAAACCACUUACAGUGGCUUUCCAGUGGUAGUCUCCCGAGAGUCACAAAGACUCGUGGGCUUUGUUCUUCGAAGAGAUCUCAUUAUUUCAAUUGAAAAUGCUCGGAAGAAGCAGGAUGGGGUUGUGAGCACUUCCAUCAUUUAUUUCACUGAGCACUCACCUCCAAUGCCACCAUACACUCCACCUACCCUGAAGCUUCGGAACAUCCUGGAUCUCAGCCCCUUCACUGUGACAGACCUUACGCCAAUGGAGAUCGUAGUGGAUAUCUUUCGCAAGCUGGGACUGCGCCAGUGCCUGGUUACACACAAUGGGCGCUUACUUGGCAUCAUUACCAAAAAGGAUGUGUUAAAGCACAUAGCACAGAUGGCAAACCAAGAUCCUGAUUCCAUUCUCUUCAACUAGAAUCAUGGGGUUGUGUGGGAUAUGAAACAAGGACAUUGCGGACCAUGGAUAUAUUUUGUUAACUGGGUACCCAAAACACAUUUCCCAUAUUUGGAUGGUGAAGUCAUAUUAGUGUGUUGUCUGUUUCCUACAAGUUAACCAGUUGCACUACGUAAUUUCUGGAAAUGAAUCUCUCUAGGAGAAAGUACAGUUAGGCUUAUGUGAUACUGCAUUAGGAAGGGUUCACGAAAGAGAAAUGAGAUUGCUAUGGUUUAAUUAUGUUUCUUCUUUAAAAUUUUUUUUUUUAAUUUAAAAAUAAUUGUUAGCCAAUAUGCAAUCACUGAAAACUAUGCAAGAAAAAUUCCAACUAUUCUGACAUAUAGCCUGCAGGAAACUCAUGAAUGAGUUAUAUGUGGGGAGGACUCUAACUGUCAUUGGUGGAAGAUGAAGUGUGAACUAAGGGGCUUUGCCUUUCAAGCUACAGAAAGGAAAGCCAGAAGGAAAUAGCAAUGGCAUUUUUUAGACUGUGAAGAUUCAGUUAAAUUCUUAUUCCUGUUACAGUAUUUAGCGUUAUUAGUUUGUUACGUUUACCUUUUCAUUAGAAGACAGUGCUGCUCUGGUUAAUCUCCUCCAAGUGAAGUAGAGGGCUUGACCUUUAGAGCCUGCUUGUCCUGGUCUUUUGAAGUGCACAAAAUUAAGUUACAGAGCUUUCUCCUUGGCUGCAGAAAGGCUAAUUCUCCAAUGGCAAUGCUAGCUAGUAGACAGGACUUUGUUAGCAAUUUGUUAGUAGCUAGGAAUUCUUUCUUCUGGUUUUCUUGAAAUGAUGAUAAAGUUCUGAGCAAAGUCGGUGACUAGGAAUUUCACAUUUUUGUGAAGUCCUAACCAAAUCUCUUACCCAGAUGCCACCUCCAUGGAUGAUGGUGCUUUAGGCUUCUGGAAUAAGUAAGAACAGUAUAUGGAACCGAGCCUAGGCUGAAUACUGGGAAAGCAGGGAGGAUCCCUUUAAAAAGACCACCAGUACUAAAAUAACUGGACACCUGUGCUCCUCCCAGUGUGGAGUAUACAGAACAAGCCGCUGUUCCUGUGAGCAUGAAGGAGGCUUGCGAUACUUCUACAUGUCUCGAAGGAACUGGAACAGGAUAGACGACUGCAGCUGCCUUGAGGUACCAUCCUUAGAUCCAACUGAAAUGCAGAGCUAUCCUAAAACCUAGGUGUAUGGAUGAGGCCUGAUGACACCAAAGGUGCUUGUACCCAGUUAAAAAGGUGCCUGUCUCCAUUUCCUACCACAGCUGUGGCAGUUUAAACAAAAUCACGUUCCAGAAACACCUGGUGGAAUUCAAGAGCGGCCACCAGCAUUCCAGCCACACUCAUUUCUAUCAUUUUAUCCAUGGGCAAUUCCUCUCCCUCCAUUCUGUUUGCCUUUCUUCUCAGCACGGACUCCUCUGUAGGAUGGAGCAGUCCGCUUAGUUAAUCAUUCCUAAUAAUGACAAAAGAGCCCUGCUAGGGCUGGUUGAAUUGUAAGCCAAGGCUUAGCAGUCUCGCAGC